AUGGCCGACCCGUCUGCGGAGGACGAUCGAAAAGUGCUCGUCAAGGAGUUCCUGGAUCUUGACGAGCUCAAGGAGCGGGAGGCGAAGUCACGCGCUGUUGUACUUGAGAUCCUCGGUGACAUCCCCGACGCCGACGUCGCGCCUCCGAAGAAUGUGCUCUUUGUGUGCAAGUUGAACCCAGUCACCGAGCAGGAUGACUUAAAGCUUAUAUUUUCGCGAUUCGGCCCCGUGCGGAGCUGCGAUGUUAUCCGUGACUACAAGACCGGCGACUCGCUGCAGUACGCCUUCGUGGAGUUUGAGACCGAAGAGGCGUGCAACGACGCGUACUUCAAGAUGCAAAAUGUGCUAGUAGACGACCGGAGGAUCCACGUCGAUUUCUGCCAGUCAGUGUCUGGCUUCUGGAAACGUUUCAAAGAGAACGGCACAUUCACACGCGAAGUUAAGGGCGGUCCUAGUCAAGCGGAAACCACUAGGCAAGGACAGUGGCGACGAGACUACGACCGGUACCGCCGUCAGCGAGGCCCCGUCCGUGACGUACGUCGCCAAGAAUAUCGCAAUCGAGGAGCAGGGAGAGAUAUGGAUAUCGAAGCCAUGGCCGAGAUCGACCAGUGUACCGUCGGCGCCGCAGCUACAGUAGCAGAUCAAGCAGUACUUUGCCCAGCAUUGCAAGUGACAGAUCUAGUCUGCGUCGUCGAGGGGACUCUAGGCAUAUCUCUAGGGACCGAUCACAAGACAGCUACAGGAAUCGUCAUAGCCAGAGAUAUCGUGACAGGCCACAACGCUCUCCACAUCGACGGGACCGCAUCAGUGAUAUUUCACGAAGCAACUCAUCGAACAGCACCUCAAGUCGCCGUAGGCCCUAUGGGAGCGGCGAAUAAGCGCCGCAAAACAACUUUCACUGUCUUGCCAUACAUCGGUUUGCCUGAUACUCCCAACUUGAUGACAUUCACCAUGCGGACUGCGCAGCGCAUCAAACGUCCAAUGUAA